GGAAGUUGGUCUCCCGGUGCUGCUGACGGUUCUUUACACUCAGAGCAUCUCUGAAAACAAACCCGUGUUUCCUCCAUAUUUAACCUAAAAUGUGGCGUGUUUCAUGUCGUGCUGAGCACGUGUAACCGCGGGUAGCUGCGUGUCGUGUGGCGGGCGGCCGGAGCGAUGGAGGCAGCGCGGUGUGAUUGUGUCCUCUGAUCUGAUGCACCAUGAUCCCCGUGCCGCUGCUGGUGUGUGUGAUGGCAGGCUGGUGUGCGGUUUAUCUCGCCGACACACUCCUCAAGUCGUCAUCGACGCAUCGGAUCAGAUACGAGUCAUGGUUGGCGAGUCGAGGGCUGAUGUUGUCACCUUUCCACGUGAGAUGGCAAACCACCAUGUUCAACCGGCUGUUUGCGUACUGCGCACGCAUCAACCCCCGAGCCCAAUUCCUGUGGUUCAACAGUGGUCUGGUGUUCGGUGUAGUUGCCAUGCUGGGCUCAGUGGUGCUGCUGGUAAAGACGCUGCAGCAGACGCUCGCACAGAUGACCACAGACAACCCGCGGAUUGGAGGUCAGCAGGCCCUGCAGGUGGUGGUCCCUGGCGUCAAUCUGCCCACCAGUCAGCUGGCCUACUUCUUCAGCGCCCUGCUGCUCAGCGGAGUCAUACAUGAGCUGGGCCACGCCGUGGCAGCAUUGAGGGAGCAGGUGAGAGUGAACGGCUUUGGCAUGUUUGUGUUCGUGGUGUAUCCCGGAGCAUUUGUGGACCUCUUCACCACACACCUCAACAUCAUCUCACCCACUCAGCAGCUCCGCAUCUUCUGCGCCGGAGUUUGGCACAACUUUGUUCUGUGUGUGGCAGCGUUAGCGUUCCUCUUCCUGUUGCCUCUCCUUCUGUUUCCCAUGUACUCCACCGGCGGCGGGGCGCUGGUCACAGAGGUCGUCCAGGGCUCUGCGGCUGACGGUCCCCGGGGCCUGUCAGUCGGGGACAUCGUGACGAGGCUGGAGGACUGUCCAGUGAAGGGAGUGGAGGACUGGAGCAGCUGCCUGUCUCACCUCUCUCACACCCCACAGACUGGAUACUGUGUCCCCGCCGCCAGCCUGCAGCCCAGCUGGGCCCACGGGCGAGCCUUCAAGCGUUUGGAUGGAACGAUGGACUGUUGCAGCAACAACAGCCUCACAGACCUCUGUUUCUCUUACAUAAAACCACAGGGCAGGAACAGCAGAGAGAGAGAGUACGCCUGCAUGCCGGUGCGUAAGAUGGUGACGGGGACGCGAGUUUGUCGCACGGACGACGACUGCGCCGCACACUCCCACGCCGCCAGCGUUUGCGUCACUCCGUCUCUGGAGAACCAGACUCGCUUCAUCCGUGUCGCACACCCGCCCAGCGCUCACAUGCUGUUUGUGGGGUAUCCGCCGCACCUUCAGUACGCUGUGAGUCUCACCAACUUUGUCCCCCGCUUUGGUUUCCUCCACCUGGAUCUGCCUGUCUUUUUGGAGACCUUCUGCAAAUACGUGGUGUCCCUCUCUGGCGCGUUAGCUGUAGUGAACUCCGUGCCGUGCUUCGCUCUUGACGGUCAGUGGAUGCUGAACGCCCUGCUGGAGGCCACGCUGGUUUCUGUGGUAACAGAGCGUCAAAAGCGCGAGCUGAUUGGUUUCUUCCUGCUGCUGGCGGGCAGCGCCCUGCUGGCAGCCAAUGUGGCGCUGGGCCUGUGGAUGGUCACGGCGCGGUAGCCACAGCGGUGAGCUGCCCUGGCAAGACAAACAAUAAAUGAAUAAAUAAAUUUGACACGUGUGGACCAAUAAACUGUGAACAAACAGGGAAUAGGCUGCGUUACCCAGCCAGUUUUAGGAGACUGUUGAGCAGAACAUCCCUCUGCCUUUACUGGACCACCAGGGAAAUUAUAACCAACCUUCUUCCACCUUGUUGCCGCCAUAUACUUAAAAAGCACAUAAACGAUUAACUAAUGCACUUGCCGUAAAGCACUGUCCCACGUGACUGUUUACAGAGACUGCACAACUUUUCCAACUGUUAUUAUCUGUGAUAUGUGUGAAGUUUGAGAGGAAACCGUCUUUGGUUUUUAAGGAUUUGAUUCCAAAAUGCCAUAUUUACCCACUGGCACUGUUGCCUCAGUGUGCUGCAGAGAGGUGGAGUCAGGCUGAUCAGAGAAGAGAAGCCAAGAAAAGUUUAAAAAGCCUUACAUGUAUUAGUAAAUGCAUGGCAAUACCGUGAAUUUCUACCACAUAUCACCAAUGGAAAAAAUGGACUACCUAAUAUUCGUUCGACAGUAUGUCAAAGGCUCCUCAUAUUUGUGUAAAGUAAUUAAUGAAGAUUAUUCCUACAACAUUUUGUAAUAUCCGGCAAAUGUCAAAAUGCGGGUAUCCCAUUUUAAAAGAAACACUCUUGUAAGUGUCUUUCUCGUCCUCGGGCAUUGCGGUGGGAAAAAAAUAAUUUGUCAAUGAACCUUUUUCCGCUUUUUCUCAAGUUUCAGUUUUUGGCCGCUCACUGUUUGCAACGUGGUUGUGGAAGUUGAUUUGUCAAAGUAGUGGAAUAAAAACUGCUGUUAUUGAA